AGAGAAAGAAAAAAAAAAGCCCCCAAGGAAAAGCCCCGUGCGUUCACGCGUCACGCCUGCUUUCUUGUCCCGUCCACUCCCACAGUCCCACGUGAUCUCUCUCUCGCCGACGACUGGGCCGCCGCCGCGGCCGUCCUACGCCCCGGCGCCCAGAUCUUCGUUGGGCCCUUCGCCGGCGAUGAGCACCGCCAAUACGCUGCGGUUGUACCUCACCUGCAUCCGGAACACUCUGGAGGCGGCAAUGUGCCUCCAGAAUUUCCCUUGCCAAGAAGUCGAGAGGCACAACAAACCAGAGGUGGAGCUCAAGACAAGCCCUGAGCUUCUACUGAAUCCGGUACUGAUAUGCCGCAAUGAAGCAGAAAAAUGCUUGAUAGAGACUUCAAUCAACUCUAUACGUAUAAGCAUGAAGGUUAAGCAGGCAGAUGAAUUGGAGAACAUUCUUGCCAAGAAGUUCCUUAGGUUUUUGUCAAUGAGGGCAGAGGCAUUCCAAGUGUUGAGAAGAAAGCCAGUUCAGGGCUAUGAUAUCAGUUUCCUAAUAACAAACUACCAUUGUGAGGACAUGCAUAAGCACAAGCUCAUAGAUUUCAUCGUGCAAUUUAUGGAGGAUAUCGACAAGGAGAUCAGCGAGCUGAAGCUGUCAGUAAACACUCGUGGCCGGCUAGUGGCGACUGAAUUCUUGAAGCAGUUCAUAUGACUGGGCCGUAGCAGUAGUCAGUGUUGAUUAUCACGGCCUGUAACUUACUGUUCUUCAGCAGCUUAAGUUUUUUUUUUACUCAGAUUUUUUUAGCAGGAGCUCCUGUAAAUGCCUUGCGAAUUUGGACCACCUGAUUAGCAGCUGACAAUUGCAAUAUCAGGACGCAUAUAGCGAACUGUAAUUGUUCAUGUGAGCAAAUCUUGUGUUUUCAUUUUUCUUUCACUUGAAAGGAGAGCUGAUGUUGACACAUGUUGAAGCAUAUAGCGAACUGUAAUUGUUCA